AUGACGGAAGAACUCAAUGUAAAUGAGCUUGCCGAUCUCCUCGGGGAAGAUGAGCUGCUCGAUGUAACAGCAAUGGCCGAUACAACAGUUCCAAUGUUUCCUUCAACUGCAGAAACAAACGAAAAUACGUUUGGAGACGUGCAACACAGUAAGAAAAAGAAAAAGAAGAAGCGCUCGCGUGACAUCUUAAAACACAAACACAAGUCUAAUGAUGAGGAGGAAUAUGAUAAUAAUGAUGAUGAUGAUGAUGAUGAUGAGGAGGAGGAGGAGGAAUCUCCCCGAAAACGCUCCAAGUAUGUUAUUGAUGCAGCUGAGAGUGGAGACUCAGAAUCUGAAGAUGAUGGAUUCAUUGUUGGGAGUGAUGAAGAUGAUGAAAGUGAAGUGUAUGAUGGUACGAUGCUUUCAGAUGAACCACGUAAGACGCACAUCUUUCGUGAGGGUGAGGAGAACAUGACAAGUGAGGAACUGGCUCGAGCCAUUGAGGAAAGACACCGUGCGAACAAAAAGAAUAAAGGAGGACGUACAGAGGCGCUUCUUUCUGAAGGUCUUGCUAAGGGAAAGUUAUCAUCAUUACGGUAUGCAUCGCAUUUGCUCCCACAAGACACUGACCCAAAAGUCUUUGCAGUGAAAUGUCGUCCUCGUAUGGCGCGUUUACUUGUGGCUCGAAUUGUCAAUAAGUGCUACGCAUACCGAAUCGGACGCAACUAUGAACAUCGUAAAGUAGACUUGGGUAUCAUUUCAGUCUUUUGCCUAGAUCAUGUGAAGGAAUAUAUCUAUGUUGAGGCUCACAGGAAGGUAUUUGUUGAAAAUGCCUUGAAUGGAUUGGAUGGACUCUUUCGCUAUAACAUUACCCUUGUGAAUCCUUCUGAGUUAAUGCAAAUGAUGGAGCAAAGACCUUCUUCUGAGAAAUUGCGUGUCGGCUCAUUUGUUCGACUGCGUCAACGUCAGUACCGUCUUGAUCUUGCACAAGUGGUUGAAAUUGAUUCUAGCAAUCACCAAAUAACUGUAAAGGUAGUACCUCGUGAAGAUUUUAUUGGAAAACCAUUUAAUAAACCUGAAAUGCGUUUACCGCCUAGAUUUUUUGUCCCAAACUUGGCGAUUCACGUACAAGAUCGUGGAGAUUUAUACCGUUGGGGUGAUUUGACAUUUGAUAAAGAUGGCUACCUUCUCAAGACAGUCUCCUCACGUAUGGUUAUUUGUGGUCCACAAAUGGAAAAACCAACGGUAGAGGAGUUAGCUAUAUUUUUCAACAGUGACCGAGACCGUGUACGUGAGGCUGUUGCAAAACUCUCUUUGGAAAUCCCUAGGGGUUCAGAUUUACGUAUUGGUGAUACAGUGCGGGUGGCAUCCGGUCAGUUGCGUGAGACAGUGGGCACCAUUGAGAAUAUAUUUCUAGACACUAAUACAGUUGCUUUAUCAUGUCGAGUCCCUGGAAGAAAAGAACCAAUAAAGGUUCGUGUUGAACUCGCCUCUUGUGUGAAAUAUUUUGUAGAGGGUACACAUGUUAUUGUCGAUGGUGGUGACCACGCUGGUGAAAGUGGUACAGUGGUUAAGGCAACAGGUGAUAUUGUUUACAUAUUUUCUGAUCGUGCCACUGCUACACGUGAGCUUGCGGUGCGGGCCAGUGAUUGUCACCAAAGUCAAUUGGUUGGCUCCUUUGGACAUACUUCUGGUUCUUGGAAACUCUUUGAUUUGGUAAUGUUAUCUGAUUCUUCUUCUGUGGCUUGUAUUGUACGUCUUAACCGUAACGAUAUCUGUGUCUUGACAGACCGAAGUGAAACGCGUUACUUAUCCCCAAUGCAAAUAAAAUCUGCAGUCACAGGAUCACGUCGUACAGCAGAUCGAAUGAACAAUACUAUAACCCGUGGGUCAGAAGUAAUUAUUCAAAAUGGUCCAAAUACACCUUAUCACCUUAUAGGUCAAACAGGUCGUGUGGAGCAGUUGUUUGGCGCCACACUCUUUGUACGUGUACGUAGUGUUAAAGAAAACGCAGGUUUGGUUGUUAUUGCUGCCAAUUCGGUUCAGUUGAUUGGAGGUCGUACCACUACAAAACAAAUACAACCGCCUAAACAGCUUCCUGUGGUCCAGCGUCGUCCACAUAAUGCCACAAAAGCUGAUUUGUCGGUAUCUAACCCACGCAUGGCAUCAGAGGACUGGGUGGGUAACUCUGAAUGGUAUGAGAUGGAUCCAAACUGA